ACAAAUUAAGGUUCAUACAUUGAGAGUGAUUCAUUGGGAAGGGAAAGGCUAGAAGAAUUUAGCCCACACAAAUGGGUGUAUAUCUCUAUGAUCUUCAACUCCAAAACCAGAACGCUGUUUCCCACUUCAAUCGGAACUGGAACUCUCAUCCUUCUCAAUCCCCUAAUAAUCCUGAACUGAAUCCUUCUCUCACAUUCAAUUCCCCUUGGAUUCUCAUUUUCAAUCGAAGUCCGGUUCAGAUAUCUCCAAAUGCAGCAAUUGCACAGCUGCUUCUUCUGUCUCUCAAGUUUGAGGUUUGGGAAUAAUCUUUUAUUUCUUCUCUCCAUAUCUCCCAAUUUCUUGAUUGCUUCCUCCUUGCACACUUCGUAAGCUGAACAUUCUUGAAUUUGUUGUAUAAUGGUUCCAUGUCUCUCAUAUACCCAUGACGUUUUUCCGAGCAAGAAUAUUCCCCUGACCCCAAGAGGGAACAUACGAGCGAAGAAGGCUCUCUUCUUACUUCAAAACUGCAAGAAUUUCAAACACCUCAGGCAAAUCCAUGCCAAAAUCAUUCGUAGUGGCCUUUCUAACGAUCAAUUACUUACUAGGAAACUGAUUCAUCUCUACUCUACUCAUGGAAGAAUAGCGUAUGCGAUUCUUCUAUUCUAUCAAAUCCAAAACCCUUGUACGUUUACUUGGAAUCUGAUAAUCAGGGCCAACACUAUCAAUGGUCUCUCUGAACAAGCUCUCAUGUUGUAUAAGAACAUGGUAUGCCAAGGAAUUGCAGCCGAUAAGUUUACAUUUCCAUUUGUCAUCAAAGCUUGUACAAAUUUCUUAUCCAUUGACCUAGGAAAAGUAGUUCAUGGGUCUUUAAUCAAAUACGGGUUUUCAGGGGACGUAUUUGUGCAGAACAAUCUGAUAGAUUUUUACUUUAAGUGUGGACAUACACGUUUUGCUUUGAAGGUGUUUGAGAAAAUGCGUGUUCGCAAUGUGGUUUCAUGGACAACCGUGAUAUCUGGGCUGAUCUCUUGUGGUGAUUUACAGGAAGCAAGAAGGAUAUUUGAUGAGAUUCCAUCUAAAAAUGUUGUUUCAUGGACAGCAAUGAUAAAUGGGUAUAUUAGAAAUCAACAACCUGAAGAAGCUCUUGAACUGUUUAAGAGAAUGCAGGCUGAGAAUAUUUUCCCAAAUGAGUAUACAAUGGUGAGCUUGAUCAAAGCAUGUACUGAAAUGGGAAUCUUAACUCUUGGUCGAGGGAUUCACGACUAUGCCAUCAAGAACUGUAUCGAAAUUGGUGUUUAUCUUGGGACGGCUCUGAUUGACAUGUACAGCAAAUGUGGUAGUAUAAAGGAUGCAAUAGAAGUUUUUGAGACGAUGCCUAGAAAAAGUUUGCCGACAUGGAACUCAAUGAUCACUAGCUUAGGAGUACAUGGGUUGGGGCAGGAAGCUCUCAAUCUUUUCAGUGAGAUGGAAAGGGUAAAUGUGAAGCCAGAUGCAAUCACUUUCAUAGGCGUUUUAUGCGCUUGUGUACAUAUAAAGAAUGUAAAGGAAGGAUGUGCUUACUUCACUCGAAUGACACAGCAUUAUGGUAUUGCACCAAUUCCUGAGCAUUAUGAGUGCAUGACUGAGCUAUAUGCUCGUUCUAAUAACUUGGAUGAAGCCUUCAAAUCAACAAAAGCAAUAUCGAUAGAGCCUGAUUAGGCUUCCUUGGCGUUUCUGUUGAAUAAUGAGUAAAGAAAUAUGCAAAUGCAGGAAGUGGGAAGUUUGGCCAACAGCCCUUCUAUUUGUUUUGAUGCCAGAGCCAAGCAGGUGCGGUAUUUUCUGUUGAAUAAGUGAGCUUACUACUUGCUUUUCAUACUCUUGCAUAGUAUACGACAAACAUUAAUUGUUAUUGAUUCUCAUUGCAAUAGAUCAUAUACCCUGUUGAUUUCAAUGAAUUUGAAAUUGUUGAUAGCAAAAUAGGUGUAAUAUACAAGAGUUAAACGUGCAUUUCAUUAUUCUUAUGCUUGUGCAAAUUGCAAUUCUUGUUCUGGAAUUCCCACGUGGACAUACUUCUCUUCUAUUUGAAGUUAUUGUCAGUAAAACAUUAUGAACUUUUGCG